AACAUCUCCAUAUCAAUCAUAUCUACUCUCAUUCACAUUAAAUCGGAUACAAUUACACACAUAUACAAUCAUAGUAAUGAAACUGUCUUAAAGGAUUACAAUAUCGCGCGUUAAAGGAUUACAAGUUAACUAAAGAACAAGGAUUAUACAAAUAUAUACAUAUAACAUAUAAAACUAAAGGAACAACAAAAAAAACCAACCAAUAACAACAAAACUACAAUUUCAGAACUAUAGUUCAAGAUGUGCAACAGCUGAAUUCGGCUAUUUCGUAAAUCAUCAACUGAACGAAUAUUCAAUACUUUGCGCAAGAAGAAAGACCAAAAAUUUCUGUCCAUCGCCUGGGUCAACUGACAAUGAAGUUGUGCAGCAUGAACGGGCCAAGUGAAUCAGAAGUCGAAAGCCUACUGAUGAGCCCCUGCUGGGGACCCACACAGACAAGCAGCCAGGAUCAGUAUCUGCUGGACGGACACAAGCUGCUGCUGGAGCACGAGCUCGAUUCGCUGCCGAGCGAUGCGGAUCAGAAGAACUCACUGGAUGUGCUGGAUAAUCUGCUGUUGAAUAGCUCCUCGCUGAAUGCCCUGUCCGACCUGAAGCCGCUGCCUCCGUUCACUGGCUACACCGGGCAUCUGUCCAUCAAUGGCAUCUCGGGGCAUCACUAUCACGCGAUUGCCCAGCGGCUGCCCGACGAGAGCAAUAACAACUACAUACAGAGCGCCUACCAGCAACACCAUCAGCAUCAGCAUCAACAGCAGCAACAGCACCAGCACCAGCACCAGCACCAACAGUCGAACAACAACAACAACAACAAUCCGAAUGCGAAUCCCACGUCCACAACGGCAGCGACGACAACGUGCAGUGGGACAGGUGGGGUGGGCGGUGGCGGCGGGGGCGGCAGCGGAAACUCCUCGCAGGAGCACAAUAUCGUAUCCUCAUCCACCUGCCUGCCCGAGAGCGUGCUCAGCGCGGAUGCGGACGCCUGCCUCAACGACGUCAAGCUCUUUGCCGAUAGUCAGUUAGAUUCUAAGCUCUACUCCGUAGCGGACAGCUGUGUUAUAAACGCCCCCAAUCAGGGCGGCAAUGGUGGCGGCGGAGGUGUCUCCUCGCUGGCCAGCAGCGGGUCGACGCUGACACCGAUCGACCAGGUGGCCGACUCGCUGCACGGCAGCGGAGUGCGCAUCUACAAGGAUCUGACCGAGUACGUGGACAUGAAUAGCAUCGAUGACAUCGCCGCGAUCAUUGGGUCGGCGAUAGCGGACACCACGGUGCCCAAUCAGCUGGACAAGGAGGAGGGCAACGACACGCGCGACAGCUGGAUGGAUCUGGAUGCCUGGAUCGAUGGCAACUGCAUUCAGCCCGAGGGCAAGGUGCUCGUCUCUCAGCAGGAUACGCUCAGCGACUUCAUGCUGCCCCACUCACCGCUGCCGGUGCAUGCGAGCAGCUCCACGCUGCAGAGUCUACUCAGCCAUGGCUACAUGCCGCUGCUGCAGAAUCGCCUGCAGCACGGACCACCUGGAGCGGGCAAUGCGCCCGGCAGCGGCUCCUCCGCGACGCUGAAAAGCGAGACGCCCAGUUCUACCUCAUACUGCAACGAGCUGUCGGCAGCCAGCAGCAGCUGCAGUCCGCCGGGCUCGGUGGUCAGCACCACGGACAACAAUCUGAUGAUCAAUCCGCGCUAUCUGACCAACAAUCCCAAUCCCAGCCAGCAACAGCAGCAGCAGCAGCAGCAACAGCAGCAGCAGCAGGCAGCCUACCAGCUGACGGCCAAUGGCCUCUCCGGCACUGGGCUGAAGGACGGCGGGCUGUGCAGUCCGGACAUGCUGAGCAAUUAUCCGCAUACGACGAGCACCACAAACGCGCCCACGGGCACGCCCAAGGCCAAGCGGUCCAGGGCACAGAAGAAGUCCAGCCAGCAGCAGCAACAGCAGCAGAUGCAGGGCGACAACGGGGCGUCACAGCUGAACGCCAUGUCGCCGUCGGGCGUGGCCAGCUUCAAUGCCAGCGAUCUGAGCGGUCUGCUGGGCAAGGAAAAGCCGGUGCAUCGCUGCAGCAUCUGCAAUCGCGGCUUCCUGAACAAGUCAAACAUCAAGGUGCACCUGCGCACGCAUACGGGCGAGAAGCCCUUCCGCUGCGACGUGUGCGCCAAGGCCUUUCGCCAGAAGGCGCACUUGCUCAAACAUCAACAGAUACAUAAGAGAAUUGGGCGUGACUGACCGCGGCCACAAUCACAACCCGCUCGCCACUAGCAACAGCCACUACGAUAGGCAGCAACUGUUUCUGCCCGCACAAUUGAGCACUCAGUCGCUUCCGUGUGCUCUGCUUGAGAGAAAGUGCCCGCCAAAGCCACCCGCCCACCACACUCCACGCACCACUCUACGCACACCGCCAUCGCGAGCCGAACUGGCAACUGGAUGUGUGCAUGGAUGGGUCUUUGGGUGCGGCAGCUUCUCGUGUAUCGCAUUGCUUGACCAAAGCCACUGUGGUUCGCCUCUCGGCGUUCCCAGACCGUUUGCCAUCCUCCUGCUGCUGCCCCACUCACAGUUCGCAGCUCGCAGCAGCAGGGUGAAGCAAUGCCAUACACAUAGCACUUGAUAUUCGUUGUUGUUGGUUGCUUUUGAUCUCUUCGCCUCCUCUGGUAGUUAGUCCAAUGAAUCCGGUUAUAGGUAGCAUAUGUAGUAUACGGUCUAGCCAAAAUAUAUCUAGAUGAAUCAACGUUGUUA